AUAAUAUAGUUUCCAAUGAAGUCUACAUAUUGGUCAGUCAGUCUGUUGGAUAAGAUUAAUCAGACCAUUAGAAAAAAUACACUAUGGGGAGGACUACGUUACUUAGCAUAUUAUUGAUCCUAUUAUUUUGCUCUCUCGUCCAAUCACAAUCGUACACGUCACAUUCAAAAAUCCAACUUCCCGGCGAUUCUCUGACUCUUUCCGUUACCGAUUUCGGCGCCACCGGCGAUGGUAUCAACUACGACUCCUCUGCGAUUCAGUCAACCAUCGACGCCUGCAACCGUCACUGCGCAUCGUCUUCCUCCAUCUGCCGCGUCGUUUUCCCAUCCGGAACCUAUUUGACCGCCAAGCUCCAUCUCCGAUCUGGCGUCGUUCUCGAUGUCACGGAGGACGCGGUUCUUCUCGGUGGACCGAGGAUCGAGGAUUAUUAUCCGGCGGAGACUUCCUCGGAUUGGUACGUGGUUGUGGCGAACAACGCGACCGACGUUGGAAUCAGCGGCGGAGGAGCCAUCGAUGGGCAGGGAUCGAAGUUCGUGGUCAGAUUCGAUGAGAAGAAGAACGUGAUGGUGAGCUGGAAUCAGACUGGUGCUUGCUUGGGUGAUGAGUGUAGACCUAGGCUCGUUGGUUUCGUUGAUUCUAGAAACGUUGAGAUCUGGAACAUCACUCUACGUGAGCCUGCUUAUUGGUGCACUACUCCUUGCAGCUUGCACAUUGUGAGGUGCGAGAACACAUCAGUCCACGAUGUAUCCAUCCUUGGGGACUUCAACACUCCAAAUAACGAUGGAAUCGACAUUGAAGAUUCCAACAACACUGUUAUCACAAGGUGUCACAUUGACACAGGGGAUGAUGCAAUCUGUCCCAAGACUUACACUGGUCCGCUUUACAACUUAACCGCUACUGACUGUUGGAUCCGGACUAAAUCCUCGGCCAUUAAACUAGGUAGCGCGAGCUGUGGUACAGCAAUGCAGCUUGCUUGGCCUCACCAAGCCAUAGAGACCGAACAGUCCUUUCAUCACCGGCAACUGCAACCACCACCACCACCACCACCGCAACAAUGGCCUUUUGACGGCUUGAAUCAGCCAGUAUGGGGAAGAGAAGAGGAUCAAACUCAUGGCAAUGAUCACAGCAAUUUGAUGGCGGUCUCUGAAAAUGUAAUGGUGGGUUCUGCUAAUUUGCACCCAAAUCAGGUCAAAAUGGAGCUGUAA